AUGAUAAUGGCAAAGGAAAUGAUAAUGGCAAAGGAAAUGAUAAGGAUAAGGGCAAAGAAAAUGAUGAGGGCAAAGGAAAUGAGAAGGGCAAAGGAAAUAAUAGUCGUUACAAGAAAAAAACUUGAGGGGACAGUAAAUCAUAAUUAUCCACAUAAUAACUUAGUUCUUUGGAAAAGCAAAAAUGGAAACUAUAACUACACAAUUAUAAGUUUAGGUGCACUCCCGAAAUCAAAUCUUAAAUAUACACAACGGCCAGGAUUAUAUCCUAUUCCUAACAAUUAUAAAAUAGAAGCUUUUUGGGGACGUAUUGAAAAAAAUCAUGUUCAAACAUCUAUUAAUUAUGUUGAAAAUAUCCCGCAUUUUAAAAUUGAGUGGAUACACAAUGAACAAGAAUAUGUAGUAGUUUCACAAAUUUCCCCUUCAGAUGCAUCCAUUAAAUACUGUAAUAUACAAUAUCCAGGAAAAAAGACAGCAUUUUCUGGAGUACUUAUUUUUGGAUUACAAUUAUAUGAGGAAUUAACUAAUGCUAUGCCAAAAAGAAGUCAACCACGGUGUAUUAAGCCUCUUAGCGAUCUUAAUAAUUCUUCACAUAGAAAUAAAAUUAAAAGGGUAGCAGAAAAUUUAUUCAAUAAUUUUGAUACAAAAAAAAAUAAAAUUUGGCAUCCUGCAGAUAAUCCUAAACUUAAAGAAAUCGUAUUAGAAGCAGGUGAACAACCAUGGUUAGUAAAGUUUGAUGAAGAUCGACAGUUAGAAAAAAAAAAGGCACAAAAAAUUGUUCAAACAAUGGACCAAUCUAAUAUUUCACGAAGAGGAUAUAGAGCCUUAACGGCUACUUCACAAGAUUUGCCAAAAGAAUGGCUAGUCAGUAAAGAAAAACAUAAUGUCGAUGAAAUAAUGCAAAAUCAUAUUCCAUUGUUAAAUAAAGAAAUUUCAACUAUGUUAGAAAAAGGUGUCUAUCGUAAAAUAUCUGCAAUCCUCCGAUUCAUUAUACCAAAACUUGUCACAAAUCAUGUUCUUAAUUAUGAAGCUCCUACAAUAUAUUUGCGAAUUUCAGGUGAUGGAAGAAAUGUCGGAAGAAGGAUAAAACAUGUGAUGGUGACACUAGCGAUCCUUAAUGAUCAAAAAAAUCUUAUGAAACCAGAAAAUCACUAUACGAUCUCUUUAUUUUCUGGAACAGAAAAUUAUACUUCACUUGAAAUUGCUUUAAGACCAAUCCGUAAUGAAUUGCAAGAAUUGUGUAAAAAUGGGUUGAUUGAUAAUAAUUAUCAGCGAUGGAAUGUCGAAAUAUUUUUUUCAUCAGACUGGAAGUUCCUGGCAAUAGUAUUAGGAUUCAAUGCUCCGAAUGCGCAUAACUUCUGCCCGUGGUGCCCCUGUACGAAGGAUUUAAUAGGCGAUUUAAAUCAAAAUUGGACAAUAACAAAGAAAAUAGAUCAAAUUAAAACAAAUUAUCAAAACUUCCCAGAUAUUAUUCCAAUAACUCAUUAUGUAGUAGAUCAACUACAUUUGAUGUUGCGUAUAACUGAUCGCCUGUGGGAGUUAGCUUUAAAUGAAUGCAAAAAUAAUGGUCACUUUAUAGAUGAAAUGCGAAAGUUAAUCUGCGAAGAAAUGAGUAAUAUUGGGGUAAAAUUCACCUUUUGGCAAGAUCAAGAAACCAAGUCGUGGAAGUUUACUUCUUUAAUGGGCCCGGACAAGUUAAAAGUAGUAGAAAAAUUUAAUCUAAAUAUAAUGUUACCACCAGUACGUGCUACAAAGGUUCAAAAACUUUGGUCAGGAUUUUUUGAACUUUAUGAAAUGCUAAGUCAGAACAGAUUAUCAGGGGAUAUAUUCUGCAAUAAAGCUCGUGAAUGGUUAGACCUGUUCUUAAUGCCCUCAAAAGUUAUUCCUGGCAUUAAUAAAAUAGAUAAGGGACUAUACACACCAAGUGAUAUAACUCCUUAUAUACAUGUUCUAAUCUAUCAUAUUCCAGAAUUUCUAGAUAUCCAUUCAAGAUGGGGACUUGGCGCAUUUUCCUGUCAGCCAGUUGAAAAAAAAAACCACCAGCACGUGUCAACUUUUUUUACAAAAACCUUGAAAGAUGGCGGUAAAAACCACUUGCAAAAAUCUGCUAUAAUGGAGAUAAUGGAAAUGGAAAAUAGAGCAUUAUAUUUUUGGCGAUUUAAUGAAACAGUAGCAUUACCGAAAUGUAAAAAGAUUAAUAUC